AUGAAGUGCACCACCGUCUUUCUCCCACUCCUCUCCCUUGCCUCCGGGCUCACCGCGACCCCAAUCGCAGCCGAGGAAUACUCCAACCUCGAAGCCCGUCAAGUGCAAGUCAAAGAACAGACCUUUACCAUCACAAACUUCUUCAACUACGGCCGCCCCCACUCCGCCCUCGCCCACAUGGGCUUCGAUUGGAAAUCCACUGCCGGAGGCAAAGCCAGCUGCAAUGCCACCCAAACCCGCAACAUCGCAACUACACCAUUGUACACCAGAUGCUCUGCUCCAGGUGUUGGAUUCGGAUUCGAUAGAGUUGGCGGUGGAUACGUUUUGACGAUCGUGCAUCGAUAUAAUAAGAAUAAGAAUAUCGAUACCGCUUCGUUGUACAUUCCGGAUGAGCAUGUUAAGAGGUCGAAUAACACUGCCAAUCCUAAUGGUAACUUCGAUUAUAUCGAUUAUCCUGGCAACUUCACUUUGCGCGCCAAUCCAUUCGUCAUUGAUGCCGUUCAUGGACCAGUUCGCAAUGUUUAA